AGACAGCAGUGUAACGUCAAUUAUGGCAGAUGUAGUUAGGUUUAAAAAAAUUCAAGCAUGGGCGGUGGCUGCAGCUGCGACAUGGAGAGCGGGGCCUAUGGUGCGGCUAAGGCUGGUGGCUCCUUCGACCUGCAUUGCUUCCUGUCGCAGCCGCAGGUACCCUUGCUCUGACCACACGCCCCCGUGACCUCCAGAUCUUCGCUGUUUGUGUUUGCCUGCAUCUUCGGGGAGGGCUACAGCAACAAGCACAGGUCCGAGGAGAGCUACUGCGUCUUCAACCGCAACGAGGACGCCUGUCACUACGGUGCGGCCAUCGGCAUGCUGGCCUUCCUAGCCUGUGCCUUCCUCUUUGUGGUGGACGUCUACUUCCAGUUCAGCAAUGCCACUGACCGCAAGUACCUGGUCGUCGGAGACCUGUUCUUCUCAGCUCUCUGGACCUUCCUGUGGUUUGUUGGUUUCUGCUUCCUCACCAACCAGUGGGCAGCCACCAACUCCAAGGAUGUGCUGGUGGGCGCAGACUCCCCGCGAGUGGCCAUCGCCUUGAGCUUCUUCUCCAUCUUCUCUUGGGGCAUGCUGGCUUCGCUGGCCUACCAGCGCUACAAGGCCGGAGUGGACGACUUCCUCCAAAACUACGUGGACCCCACGCCCGACCCUGCCACCGUCUACGCCUCCUACCCUGCCGCCUCUGCCGACAAUUACCAGCAGCCCCCCUUCACCCAGAACGCAGAGGCCUCCCCCAACGAGUACCAGCCGCCUCUCGUGUACUGACUAAUCAGCUGCAGCAAUGGUAUGGGCACUCACCAUCCUGGACAUUUCUCUUGCUGGCUGCUGGAGACCCCCUGCCUCCCUGCUGUCUGAGACCUAUACGUGGGGAGGGGGCCCCCGGCUGCCCACCCAUUCACUCCACAAGGGCAUUUUUUAGACAAGGGUUAUGAAAUGUGGUUGUUUUGGGGUUUUUAGCUCAAUAUUUUGGGUUGCUUUUGAUGUUCCUGCUCCCUUGGGGAGAAGCUGGAAGGACAGUGGCCUCCUCCCUUCCUGCCACCUGACUCACGUGCCUUAGCCCCCAAGUAGCUGAGCCUGAGCCAGCUAAUGGUUCUCUGCCAAAGAUGGAGGGGGUGCCUCACAUGGGGCCUGUCAGCUGGUGCUGUGCUGAGCCUCCAGCCCCUCUCUACUCACUCAGGUUUGCUACCUUAAUCCUGUGGAUAUGGCCCCCCGGGGCUGUGGUCACCACUGCCUUGUCUGCUCGCUUUGGACUUUGGU